AUCUGCACAUAUUCUUCAUCCAAUCGUGAACUCUCACACGCGCGCGCACUCCCUCCCUCCUCCCAGAUGACGGAAACGCGCAUUUGCCUCGACUCAACUCAAGAUGGCAACUGGAGCAGAACACGGCUUGAAAAAAAUAGUUUGGCAAAGAAUAAAGGACACCAUCAUUGCCGACUGCAGAAAGUCAGAAGUAUGGAAGAUCCUCAUACUGGACCAGUUUACCACCCGCCUCCUCUCCUCCUGCUGCAAGAUGUCCGAUCUCAUGUCAGAGAACAUCACAAUUGUGGAGGACCUGUACAAAAACAGAGAACCAGUUCCAGAGAUGAAGGCCAUCUACUUCAUGACCCCUACUGCCAAGUGUGUUGAUGCUUUUAUUAAUGACUUCAAACCAAAACCCAAAUACAGAGCUGCAUAUGUCUUCUUCACUGACUACUGUCCUGAUGAGCUCUUCGACAAGAUGAAGAAGAACUGUGGCAAACACAUUAAAGUGUGUAAAGAGAUCAACAUCUCGUUUCUGCCACAGGAAGCACAAGUGUUUACCUGUGAUAACCCAGAGGCCUUCAAGAGCAUCUACAAUCCGAACAGUCAGGACAGAGAUCAGACGCUGGAGAUGAUCGCCGAUCAGAUCGUAACUCUCUGCGCCACACUGGACGAGUACCCUGGAGUCAGAUACAAGAAAGAUUCAGCUCUCGGAUAUGGAAAGCAGUUGGCUGAACUUGUGGAUAAUAAACUGGCACGACAUUACGAGUUGGAUGACAACUCGAAAAACAAGGGAAAAACGCCAGCUCAGCUUUUGAUCGUUGAUCGUGCGCUGGACCCAGUCAGCCCCAUUCUUCACGAGCUCACCUACCAGGCCAUGGCUUAUGACCUCAUAUCAAUAAAGGACAACACCUAUGAGUAUAAAUCAAAGGAUGGCUCUAAGAAAGAAGCUUUACUGAAUGAAGAUGAUGAAUUAUGGGUCAAAUUACGUCACAUGCACAUUGCUGAGGUCACUGAGCGAAUCCCCAAACUGGUGAAGGACAUCUCUGCCAGCCAAAAUGAGAAGCAAAAGGCUGAUGGGAAGAUCACACUCGGAGCGCUAUCACAGCUCAUGAAGAAGAUGCCAGCCUUCCGUAAGCAGGUGGCUCAGAAAACUGUCCACUUAAGUUUAGCUGAGGAACUGAUGAGCCAUUAUCAGGAAUUUGUGGAAAAACUCUGCAAAGCAGAACAGGAUCUGGCUGUAGGUGCAGAUGCUGAAGGACAGAAGGUCAAGGACCCCAUGCGAACGUUACUUCCUGUGCUGUUGAACCAGUAUAACACCACUGACAAGAUCCGGGCCGUGCUUCUCUACAUUUUCAGUCUCAACGGUACAACAGCGGAGAACCUGAAUAAACUGAUCCAGCAUGUGAAAAUUGAGCAUGAGAGCGGGUAUAUCCUGAACUGGAAACAUCUGGGAGUUCCCAUCGUCUCCACAUCAAGCACAUUCUUAUCUCGCAAACCAUCACGGAGAGACCGGUCAGACGAGGAGACUUACAACGUGUCUCGCUGGACGCCUGUCAUCAAAGAUGUAAUGGAGGAUGCAGUGGAGAACAAACUGGACAUUAAAGACUGGCCGUUCCAGUCUGAAUGCCCGUCUGCGUGGAACGGUUCGCGUGCUGUAAGAGUGGUGAGUGCGCGGCAGAAGCACAAGGGCAGCUCUCCGGACGAUCUCAGGAGCGGCUCGCGCCUCAUCAUCUUUGUUCUGGGUGGAGUCAGUCACUCAGAGAUGCGCUGUGCUUAUGAAGUCACCCAUGCUAAUAAAUCCUGUGAGGUCAUCAUCGGCUCAACACACAUCCUCACUCCAUGUGAUCUGCUGCGGGAUAUCUUUAAUUUGGGCAAACAGCCCAUGGAAACCUUUACCAUUGAGGAGGGCAAAGCCUGAGCCCUGCCCAAUAUACCCACCAGGACUGAAGGGAACGCAUCUCACCUGCUUUUGUGUCGCCUCGUAUAGCAUUACUCCUCAUUCAUUUCAGCGCUUUACACAUAAAAACAAAGCAACACUCCUACAGGGAGUAAAACACAUUCUGAGGUGAUUUCAUGUGUAAACCUCAUGUUCAGUUCAGGUUAAGUCUUUACAACUAACUUCACACACACACUGAGAUUUGGGUUUGUUGAGGUUUUUAGGCUUUUCUAAAUUAUUGAAUAGAGCUUAAUAAAAUUAUCAUGAAAAAAAUAAAAUAUCUAUUAACAUGCAACAUGACUAUUUGUUUGAUAAUCCCUUAAUACAGUAGAAGGACAUUUUAUAAUGACAUGGACACAUAAAUGACAUCAGUGUUGUGGCCUUUUGUUUAUAUCUAACACACUAACCUCCUGACUGUCCGAUUGAACAGCUGUUUUAAUGUUUGUCUUUUUGUUCUUGAAUUAGGUUGAUUUGUACAUAUUUAUUGUCGUCUGCUUGAUCAUGUUUGUUGCUUGUAUAAAGCAUGUAUACUCAAGAAUGAACAAAGGAGGGAUUUAACAGAUUUAAUGUAUACUUGCAUUGAACAACUGACAUGACAUGAAUGAUGUGGUUCAAUUCGUCUGUUUGGUUUGUAACAUUUAUACAGUUUGUAAUGUGGUCUAAUUUCAUCUGUACUUCUACAUAAAUAUAUUGUCUGAA